AUGACAAAGACUCGCUUUGACCCUCAUCAAGGUUCCUCUCUGACCUCUGUUGUUUCUUAUGCUGCAGGUGAGACGAACAUCACAGCUGAACCUGGACAGAACGUCACUCUGCCAUGUGAAGCUGCUUGGAACAAGGAUGAGUUAAUCAUAGAGUGGAGCAAACCUGAUCUGGGGGGAAAUGAUUCUGUUGCUCUGUAUCGAGAUGAUCAGUUUGAUUAUCAUGAUGAGAAUCCAGCUUAUAAGAACCGAGUGGAUCUACAGGACAGAGAGAUGAAGAACAGAAACGUGUCUUUGGUCCUGAAGAACGUGACGACUAAUGAUACUGGAAAAUAUGAAUGUAGAGUUGAUAGGAUUAAAAAUAAACGCAGGAAGAGAGCUCACUUGAAUACUGAACCCAUCUGUAACGUCACCCUUCAUGUUUCUGCUCCAGGGAGCAAUGAUGAACUAAAGAAUGAUGGAGGGACCAGCACUGGACUGAUAGUUG